GAGCUGUGUUGCCGUGGCUGUGUCACAGAGAGUCACCAGGAGAGGGAGGGACUAGGAAACAAUGCUGGUGUUUGUGCAACGGCCCCUGAUCGGCGGCUGGCUCACUCAGAUCGCUCUCGCUUGACUACAGUUGCUGCACACACUGUUGAAGUGAAAAGAAAAGUGGACAGCUUCAUCCUAUCUGCGGGAUGCAUUGACAAAGGGGAACGGUGCGCGUGAAAGGAGCGGAGCUGAAAGAAAGUUUCAAAGAGAGGCUCAGUGAAAGGCAUGUGCAGAAUGUGACGGGGCUCGAGCACCGUAGCCACAGAACUCCAGGAACAGCAGAGGUACCGUUAGAAACGGGAGGAAACAGUUAGAAAGAGGAGGAUGUGGUGAUGGAGGAGAGGAGGAGAAGAUAAAUCAAGAUUGGAGAAUGUGUCUGUAUCAAGACCCAGGAACUUGAACCAGGCGUAGCUGUGCGGGGAAAAACCCCCAAGCUCGAAGGCUGGUCUAAGAGGACUCCCUUCACCCUAGGUGGUUGGUGCCACAUUACAGACGCCUGGAGAUUCUGCCGGAGCCAGGCUUGAGUGAGGCCGUGCUGCAGCUGGGGAGAGAGAGGAGGACGAGAGGGGCUCUGUGGUGCUGCGGUGGGGGUGGAGCCCGGACGUGGAGGUGUACCAUCGUCAGGAGGGGGAGAGAAGAGGCCGGGGGGCUGGGAGCCCAGCCAGAGCCAAGAUGGCAGAGCAGAAAGUUAGCCUCACUGCUAAGCUGAUUAAUGGGGGCGUAGCAGGACUGGUGGGCGUGACCUGUGUGUUUCCUAUCGAUCUGGCCAAGACUCGCCUACAGAACCAACAGGGAGCAACGAUCUACAACGGGAUGUUGGAUUGUUUGACGAAGACAGUUCGGACAGAAGGCUACUUUGGGAUGUACAGAGGUGCUGCGGUGAACCUGACUCUGGUCACUCCAGAGAAAGCCAUCAAACUGGCAGCCAAUGAUAUCUUCAGACAGAAGCUCUCCAAGGACGGGAAGUUGCCUCUGUGGGGGGAGAUGCUGGCAGGAUGUGGGGCUGGGACCUGUCAGGUGGUCGUCACCACCCCGAUGGAGAUGCUGAAGAUCCAGCUGCAGGAUGCAGGGAGGCUGGCGGCCCAGAGGCCGGCCCCAGCGCCAGCGGCUGCUCCAGGUCCAGCUCCGUCUCUGGUGGCCCCCCGAGCCCCCCAUCCCUGCCCCCCUGCCCCGCCCCGGGCCUCUGCCACCAGCAUCACCCUGGAGCUGCUGAGGACUCGAGGCCUGGCCGGCCUGUACCGUGGGGCAGGAGCCACUCUGCUGAGAGACGUACCGUUCUCUAUGAUCUACUUCCCGCUGUUCGCCAACCUGAACGCGCUGGGCCGGAGAGGGGCGGGUUUCCAGGGCGACGUGCAGGAGAAGGCCCCCUUCCUGCAGUCCUUCAUGGCAGGAUGCACCGCCGGCUCUGUGGCAGCUGUGGCCGUUACACCCCUGGAUGUCAUAAAGACUCGUCUUCAGACCCUGCAGAAGGGGGAGGGAGAAGAUUCUUACCGAGGCAUUGUUGACUGCACAAGGCGCAUCUUGGCUCGCGAGGGUCCCUCUGCCUUCCUGAAGGGGGCGACUUGUCGGGCGCUGGUCAUCGCUCCCCUCUUUGGGAUCGCUCAGGGCGUCUACUUCCUGGGGGUGGGAGAGCAGCUGCUAGGCAUGCUGGAUAGCGUCAGCCGGCUCCGGUGUCUCUGUAAAGCCAACACACUGCUUCCUGCAGCAGUGGGGCGAGAGAGGGAGGAGAGACAUGGGCCUUGACCACACGAGCAGAGA